AUGGCUCUCCACUCGGAGGUGUCGAGCCGGGGAUUUCAAAUGGACAGCUUCGUUGCCAGUACGCUCGUGAGCAUGUACGCGAGCUGUGGAAGCAUGGUGGACGCUCGCAGAGUCUUCGAUCGCUUGCUCAACCGGAACGUCUUCUCGUGGACAGUUUUGGCGCUCGGCUACGCCUCAAGCGGGGAAGAGACCUCGGCACUCCACUGCUUGGAGCUCAUGAGAGACGAAGGCCUGGUUCCCGAGAGCCCGACUUUCGUCGCCGCUCUCAAAGCUUGCCAGAGCCUGGACGCAACUCUAGCAGUUCACGAAAAGAUCAACAGGUAUGGAGCGCUCGUCCACUUCGAUUCUCCGCUCGCCACCUCGAUCAUCGAUGUCUAUGGAAGAUACGGCGAGGUGGCGAAAGCCCAGCAAGUUUUCGACUCGCUCCCAUCGUCCAGGAGCGGGAAAGCAACUUGGACCGCGCUGCUCGCUGGAUUGAGCCGCAGCGGCGAGAGCGAUCGAGCCUUGGAGCUCUUCGAGAGGAUCCUGGGCGAAGGCGUGGAUCCAGACGCGACCACCUUGCAGUGUGUGCUGAGCUCUUGCAGCCACUCUGGCCGGAUCCAAGCCGGGAGGAAGCUCUUCGACACGAUGGAGCAAAAGUUUGGGAUCCAGCCGUGCGUGGAGCACUACAUUUGCGUGGUGGAUCUGCUGUGCCGCGCGAAUGACCUCCAGGCCGCGGUGGAGCUCCUCAGAUCGAUGCCUUUCAAGCCGACUGCGGUGGGAUGGACGAUCCUCCUCGCGGGGUGUGAGAAGUGGACGAACUUGGAGAUUGGGCGAGUGGCAUUCGAGGCGCUGCUGGGAAUGGAAGAGACGAGAGAUGGAUCGAGCUAUGCCUACGUACUCAUGGAGAACAUUUACAAGCAAAGAGAUCAAACUUAA